AUGGGCGACGGCACUCCAGACAUUUCUUCGGGCAUAUUCGAAGUAGACUUGAUAUUCCCACGCAAUGGAACGUACACUCCUCAGGCGUUGAUGCCCAUCGUUUUCGCGCUGCAGAAUCCGUCUCUGGCUUCCACGUUGGGAGCCACCAUCUACUGGGGGCUGCGGGAAGGCAACAACUGGUCUGCGCCGGGCUCCAUAACGGACGGGGGAUUCGAGCUCUUUACGUUGAACUCUACGUCUUCUGGGCCUCAUUUGGCCACCAGCUUCGUGAACACUCUCGCCUACCCGGACGGCUCUUGGACUUUUGCCUGGACUCUGGAAGUCACCAACUGCUCACAGGCCGAAAGGCCAGAUUGCCUUCAAUCCGAAAGCCAAAAUUGCUCAUUGACUUACAACCCAAAUAAAAUCAUCUCGUUCCAGUCAGGGCAAACACCCAGUCUCGAAGCAGCCACAUCUUCUGACAUGUGUGGCACCAUGGAAGCCUUUGCGUUUAACGUGACUUCUGCCGGGGAUACUGAGGAAGUGUGUGGCUUCCUUGGACCCAGUCCGACGACCAACCCGUGCGCAACGACGGUCAAUGCUUCCGUGGCAUCAAGUAUAUGGGCAGAAGCCACUGCCUUUGCCUGUGACCCUCGAGAGCGUUCGGCGUACCCCAACGUUACAUGUCCGACUUCUUCGUCCAAAUCCAACGCCGCGCGACAAUCUGGCAUGGUCGCAGCAUCGACAUUGCUUACGCUGUUAGCAAUGGUGACUGCUUUGAUCCAUCUUGGGUGA